CAGCAUUGGGUGGUAAGACGGUGGUGGAACGCAAUGCAGCCGGAUGGGUUAUUGAUAAGGCUAACUCACUGUUUCUCAGCUGGAUGGGUCCUGGUACCAUUUAGUAGCAUUCAAAAUGGCACACAUGGGACAUUUACAAUCAAAAAAGUAGAGUCAAUAUUCUCCGCAACGUUUAUCUAGAAACCACACUCCUCGACAAAAAAUGCAUGAACAAUUUUCUUGCAAUCCGUCGCAAACAAAUGUCCCUAGUCAGUCUGAUGGGAAUUCUCAUCAACAAAACAUACAGGGACAAUUUACUGUUAACCAAUCUCCAAAGAAAUAUGCACCUGGGCAAAUCCAGUGUUGUUCCCAAGCGGGAUAUACACAAGAACAAUUCAAAGAUAAUCCUCAGAAUGCACAAUUUGCUGGUAAUUCUCCUCCGCAAGAAAACCUACCAAGAAUCGAGUGUCAUCAUCCACCAGGAUGUAUACACAAACAAUAUCUGGAUAAUCCUUCUAAGGGAAGUGCUUCUGGACAGUUUGAUGGCAAUUUAAAUCAACAAAACGUACCCAAACAAUUCGCUUAUAAUCCCCCUCCACAAGGAAACGUACCCGAACAAAGCCAGUGUUAUCCCCCUCAAGGAUACAUGCACAGACCCGCCCUACCACAUCAACAACAAGAAAACAUGUCCGGGUAUCAACAUGGACACAUUCCAGGAAAUCCAUCAAAAGGAAUUGUAACUAAACAAUUCGAGAACAAUUUGCAGCAACUAAACUUACCUGGACAAUUCGCUGGUAAUCCCCUUACACGAGAACACUUAUUUGGAGAGCUUCAGUUUUAUCCUCAAUCAGGAUAUACACGUGAACAAUUCUCAGGUAAUCCUUCAAAGGGAAAUCCAGCUGAACAAUUAUAUGGUUAUUCGCAACAAGGAAACAUACAUGGACAAUAUGCCGGGUAUCCCUUUACACAAGGAAACAUAGCUGAACAAAUCAAGCUAUAUCCUCAAAAGUCGUAUAUGCACGAGCAAUAUCCGGGUAAUCCUCCUAGGGGUAGAGCAGCUGUACAAUUAGAUGGCAAUUUGCAACAACAAAACUUCCUUGGACAAUUUGCUUGCAAUCUGCCACCACAAGAAAACAAAUCUGGACAAUUUGAGUGUCAUAAUCAUCCUGGGUAUAUAUAUGAAGAGUUUCCGGGUAAAGUUGACGGUAAUCUUUCAAAGGGAAAUACAUCUGAGCAUGUAUAUGGCAAUUCCCAACAACACAACGUGGCUAAACAAAUCGAAAGCAUUCCCCCUCCACAAGGAAGGAUACUUGGACAAGUCCAGUUUUAUCCCCCUCGAGGAUACAUAAACAGACCAGGCACGGGAUAUCCUUCACAUGAGCAAUCAGCUGGUUAUCCCCCGCAAGAAUACAUCGACGGGACAUUUCCUGAAUACCCAUCUAGAGACAGAGAGGUUCAUUUCCAAGACAAGAUGUGCAAAGAUGAUAAAAGGGCAGAGCAAACAGCAUAUCUGCACGAGGCACCUCUAUCAGGGCAAAAGGCAUCAGGUAUCGCAUCUGCUCGACCACACUGUGCACCACAAACGGAAGAGACUCCAACACGAAGGGUAUCAAACCAGCCCGCCUAUUGUCAGACCCAAGAAAUGCCCCAUGUCGAACACCAAAGUCCAGAAAAUAAUUCUCCUGGGCAAAUGGCUCCACCUGUAAAGGCUUCUAGCCAGAUGUACACUAACAGCUACCAAGAAAAUAUCAUUGGAGGAAUUACAAGAACCGAUACCCAGCAAUACCCAUAUUUUCCACAUAGCUCUGGUAAUCACCAAAAUAGUCAAUCGUACUAUGGAAAAGAACUGGGGCCUCCUCCAAUUGGUUUCCAAUUGCCUGUUAUGGGGAGAAUUGGUACGGAUUCAUUACAACACGGAUCUCGAAACUGUGAAUUGGAUAACACCAGAGAAAGGGUGGAAUGUACAUGCUUGUCAGAGCCCGGACAUGAUAGCAAUCGAGGUCAAUAUAUAGAAGAGCGCACGCAUGAAGGCUCAAACAUCAGUAAAAGAGUUCCGAGUGGACAGACCAAUACCCACCUUAAAAUUGAGAUAACGGGUUUUAACAAGAUAACGCUACUCAGUACGAUCAAGCGUUUCUUUCAAAACGAAAAGAAGACAGGUGCACAAGCAGUUAACACAGAAUACAACCAAAAUGAUAACAUUGCUCUGGUUGAAUAUGCCGAGGCGGAUGCUUUAGAAGCGGUUCUUCAAAAACAUAAUGAUACUCCGUUUUAG